CGAAAGUGAAAGUAAAACAGCUCAAUCGAUUAUAGACACUGAUUGAGACUGAGAAAGAAACAUGUCCAAAAUAACGAUACUGGAUGGUGGAACAUCAAUGGAACUUGCUAGAUUGGGAAAUAAAUUAAUUGAGAAAGAUCCACUUUGGUCAGCCAGACUUCUUCAAACUAACCCAGCAUCAUUUGUACAGUGCCAUAAAAAUUUUAUAGAAGCUGGUUCAGAGAUAAUAUUGACUGGAUCUUAUCAAGCAUCAAUAGAAGGGUUUGUAAAGCAUGCAGGGGUAACAGAAGAACAGGCAUACAGUUUGAUUAAGAAGAGUGUUCAACUGGCACAACAAGCAGUUGAAGAAGCUAGCAAAGUUUCAGGUUACAAAGCAAAGGUAGCUGGAUCAGUGGGAGCUUAUGGUGCCAUACUACAUGAUGGAUCAGAAUAUACAGGGACUUAUAUUGACAAAAUGUCUGUUCAGGAAAUUAAAGAUGGCCACAGACAAAGAAUAAAAGCAUUAGUUGAAGCCAACCCUGAUUAUAUUGCAAUAGAAACAAUUCCUUCAUCUAUUGAGGCAAAAGCAGUCGUAGAUUUAUUAGCGGAAGAAUUUCCAGGAAUAAAGUGUUGGGUUUCAUAUACAUGUAAAGAUGAAAAUCAUACAGGGUAUGGUGAAGUUUUCUCAGAUGCAGUAAAGGAAGUGGUAUUCUGCGACAAUGUUGUUGCUGUUGGUAUUAACUGUACUCAUCCAAGGUUUAUCUCCCCCUUAUUAAAAAGUUUACAGCAUUUAAACUUAACUAAAGCUGUGAUGAUUAAACCUAACAGUGGAGAAGAUUGGUCUACAGAAAAAGGGUGGUAUGGUAGAGCAGAGUCGUCUCCCCUUAGACCAGAACAGAUCAAAGAGUGGAUUGGUUUAGGAGCUACAUGGAUAGGAGGAUGUUGUCAGAUCUUUUCUCCCGAUAUAGCUAGUAUGGCUAAAGUGAUAAAGGCUUAUGUAAAGGAAAAUGACUGACAGAGAAAAGGACAAGAACAAAUCUGGGGCUUUAAAGCAUAUUUGUUUCAUGCUUAGGGUUAUUUUUUCACAUCAAUGAAAACACUAUUCAUGCUUUGGGUUAUAUUUGGUUUAUACAAAAUGAAAAUAUGAUACAUGCUUUUGGUUAUAUUUGAUUUAUACGAUGAAAAUAAUAGGUUCAUGCAGUGGGUAAAGCUUGUUUGCUUUGUUUAAUCUGACCAUCAAGCUUAUUUGUUACCUCAAUAAGAUGUGUGAUUAUUAAAUGAUGUUAUUGCUGAAAUAUUCAAACCAAUUGGACAGCAUUUAACGUGCAUUUAACUCAGGCUUUAUCAUCCUCUGAUAAGCAGAUUAUCAAAAAGCUGCCAACAACACCAAGUUUAUAGAAUGAACAAGAAAGUGAAUCCACAACAAUCACUUAUACCUAUGACGCCUAUGUGGAAUUUAGAGGCUUGUUUUCUGCUUAGCUGUUAUCUCCAGUUACUCUGUCUAUAUCCAUCAAUAAACCUGCCACCAUGAUUUAGUCAAGUGUGCUGUAAGAAGUGUUAAUCAUCAAUAAUUAAUCAAUCAAUCCAGGCAUGCUCUGAGGUGUAACAUCAUUGUCAGAAUGUGGAUGUUCAAAGACACUGACUUGACUGGCUAUACAGCCCUUGCACGGUCGGUCAUGUUCAAAGUGAAUGUUGCUUUUCAUUAUAUAGAGGGUCAAAGUGGAUUGCCAUCAUCAAUUUCAUGUUUUUAAAUAUGAUUUAAUAAUACAUUUGAAAUAAAAUACAAGAUCUUUAGUUUUUAAAAUAGAAAAUUUAAAACAUAUUAUGACAUGAAAAUGUGACUUUGAAACAAGAAAAUUGAUUUUCCAAUAUUUGUUUUUACAAAUGCACUGUGUUUUCUGAAUGUGUUAAACAUAAAAAAGCUAUAAUACUGAAUUUCCCAAAGGUUUCUACAAUUUAUAUCAACCACUAAGUAUUGUAAUUCAUCACCAUGAUUUGUAUGUGCUAUGUGUUGCUGGACAUUAUACAGACAAUAUAAUUAAUAAACCUAAUUUAAAAUGA